GCACAGCCCCGCGAGGGCCCGGGGCCCCAGUGCACACUGGAGGCAGAGCUCUGCUCGGCUGCACCAUGUCCUGGACCCCUGUCCUGCUGGCGCUCCUGGCCCACUGCACAGCUUGUGGCCCUCAGCCGGUGCUGAAUCAGCCGCCAUCCGUGUCCUCGUCCCUUGGAACCACGAUCCGCCUGGCCUGCACGCUGAGCAGCGACCAUGAUGUCGGUGUCCACAACAUCUACUGGUACCAGCAGAGGGCCGGCCACCCACCAAGGUUCCUGCUGAGAUACUUCUCCCACUCGGACAAGAACCAGGGCCCCAAGGUCCCCCCUCGCUUCUCUGGCUCCAAAGACCUGGCUAAGAACGCAGGGUAUUUGAGCAUCUCUGAUCUUCAGCCGGAGGAUGAGGCUGUGUAUUUCUGCGCCGUGGGGGCCCAGGGCGUGGAGCAGGGGCCGGAGAUGCAGAGAGAGAGGAGGGAGGAAAGGGAGCCUGCUGCUCCAGCCUCACAGGCACCAUAGGACACGCUUACCUUGAACCAAAGGCAGAAGGGCACGCCUCCCCGAGGAGAGGGUGGUGUGGCGAGGAGGGUGGGGCCUUGGGCUGCCCCAGGUGAGGAGACGCUCCUGGAAACCCCUUUGGAGGCUGGAUUUGGGAAUUAAAUCUGCUUGUGU